GAUUUUCUAGGAUUCUUUCUGCUUAAGAAGAUGGCAUCUGCUUCCAUUGAUGGUAGCCCUUCUUUCCAUUGGAUCCUAUGAAAUGUCUACCUUUCAGAAAAGGCUCCCAGAGGCUAGAAAUGCCUCACAAAAGCUCAGACGCAGGAAAAGGACGGUGAUCAAAGCCCUAACUAGGAGCCAAGUUGAAAGACAAGGUGUAUUGCACAUUUGGGAAGUGAUAAUAACCUUUUUGAGAUUGUGUCAAAAUGGAACGUGAGUGUAUGGACAAGAUCAACAGAUACUGUCAAAAGAAUGAUUAUCUACUGCAUUAUGUUGAGACCGGGAGGAAAGGCCCAUCUCACGAUCCUGAGUUCACGGUUGUGGUUAAAAUAGACGGUAUAGAAUAUGGUACAGGCACUGGUAAAAAUAAGAAGGAAGCGAGAGCGGCAGCAGCAAAAAUAACCUGGGAAAUGAUUGAGAAUCAGCCACAGAGUCCUUCAACUACGCAAGCUGCAGAAUUAAAUACAAGUCCAGUGACCUUAUUACCUGCAUCAGCCAGUGACUAUGUCAGCCGACUAAAUCUGUAUUCACAAAGGACGUCACAAAAAGUUGAUUAUCCGAACAGGAACCGGACUGGAGCUGCCCAUGCUCCCAUAUAUUCUUAUAGCUGUACAAUUAGUGGUGUUUUGUAUGGAGUUGGCAGCGGAAAUUCUGCAGCUGCUGCAAAACAAGCUGCUGCAAAACAAGCAUUUGAGAAGCUGGAAAAAGAAGGCUUUCUAACCAUGCAAAAUGAAAAAUCUAACAGUGAUUCUACAUUUAGCGAACAUAGUAAUUCCUCUCAAGUGUCAACUCAGUCUGACUCGGACAGUAUUUGCUUUGAAGACUCAGCUACCAAGUUGGAAGAAAAAAUGGGUGUCAUGGCAAUAUGUGGAAAGCCUUCACCUUUUCAGAGACGCACAGAAAGUUCUUCCCUGAAACCCCCGAGAAAAUUGGCAGCUAAUUUUGGUAAUGCAAAAAAAAAGGAAGAGAAAAAAAAGAUGUCACAUUCAGAUGAAAGUGUGCCAGAUUCGGACACAAACACCAGUCCUUACACUGUGAAUGUAAGAUUUCUUGAGAGUUUUAAAGAUAUAGAGCCAAUUGGUGAUGGUGGUUUUGGGAAUGUUUUCAAAGCAACAGCAAAGCUUGAUAAGAGAACCUAUGCAGUCAAACGAGUUCGCUUCACAAAGAAUGUAAAGCGUGAAGUAGAAGAACUUGCAAGACUUGAACAUGAAAACAUAGUGCGGUAUUCUUGUAGCUGGGAAGGAGACGACUAUGUAACUGAUCCACACACAGGGCAGAAGUCAGAAAAAAUUCACUGUCUUUUCAUCCAAAUGGAAUUAUGUGAACAAGGGCCAUUGGAUAACUGGAUUGAAAAGAACAGACUAGACCGAGAGUAUCGCAAGAUGGCAAAAAACAUAUUUUUACAAAUACUGAAAGGAGUGAAAUAUAUUCAUUCUGAAGGGUUAAUUCAUCGAGACCUCAAGCCUCAGAAUAUAUUCCUAUCACAUGAAGAUAAAAUAAAAAUAGGUGACUUUGGUCUUGUGACUUCUGUGGCAUAUGGGACUCUGACCAGGAACAGAGGAACAGAAUCUUAUAUGGCACCAGAACAGUACGGAGACGAAUACGGAAAGGAAGUAGAUAUUUAUGCACUAGGAUUAAUUUGGUUUGAAAUUCUUUCAACAGUUAGUCGUCAUGAGAAAAGUAAGGUAUGGGAUGAUGUUAGAAAAGGUAAACUUUCAGAGAGCUUCACCAACCGUUUUCCAACAGAGGCAUCCAUAAUCAAAAAGAUGCUUUCAAAAGACGCUUCAGGAAGAUACACUGCAUCUGAAAUACUUGACUUUUUAAAACCUGAUCAGAAAGGCAACUCAUUUAAAACUCAUACUCAGUAAACGCCUUUUAAAAGGUUUCAGACUGUGUUUAAAUCCAGAGUUUGAUGUCUGCUGAAACUGAUGAAAUAAUCAUAAAAAAACAGAAGCAACAAGAUGACUUAGGAUACGUCUUUUCUUUGGUGUUUCACCUUCCUGCCAUUGAGGAGCUCAUCAGUCAAAAAGGUCACAUCACCAUUCAGGCCCAUCAGCUGCAGACAGGACAGCAGACUUCUGCAAGCAAUCACUUGUGAUUUUUACCUGGAAACACAGGUUGUGGAUGAGCUGCACUGUAUUGUACAAUAAGGACAGGAACCUAGUCCUUGUCUCCGAGAAGAUUAAGUUGACGUAAUUCUAACUGGCCUGUGGCAAAUCCCUGUAUGCGCGCUGUUAACAUGUGCUGCAUCCAUUGUCAUUUGAGGUUAUCUAUUGCCUUCCAUGGAAGAAGUGCUGUCUUGUGGUAUGUGACUCAAACCUUUCUGACUUAUUCAGUGAUAUUUUAAAAAAUUACUAGAACUGUUAAUACCAAGACUAAUUUUGGUAGAAAAGAUACUAGGAAUAGGUGUGGGUUAUUCUUCACUGAAUUUCAGUUCUUUAAGGUGAAGUUUCUUAUCUCUAUGCACCUGUUGAAUAUCCAGCAUCUUCACUGUUCUAGAAUUUAAAAGUACAUUCUUUUAAAGUAAUCAUUCCUUGAGAAUUUAAGUGUUAAGCAUUCAGCUACUCGGAGAUUUCUGAGCAGAAAAAUGGCUACUAUGUACAGUAAAUUAAUGUAUGCUUUUUCUGAAAUGUUAAAUGGGUUAAAAGUGGGUGCUUGGUUAAAAGGAGUAAUAUAAAUGAAUGCAUAGUAACUUUUACAUUCUUAUGGAAAUUGCUUGCCUGCUGCAAGUAUCUGUUACUAAAUAAGAAUCUGAUUUUACAUCUUUUUGUAAAACCUGAAGUUAGUUGUUUGUUUGGUUUUUUCCUCCUUAUAUGAAUCACAAAUAUAUUGAGCAUUUCACUA